UUAUCCAAAAUGAAAGAUAGAAAUUGGGAUAGAGGGAGGAUAUGCUUUAUGCAAAUUCAAUCUCUACAUUGGAUACUCUGAAACCGAUUGACAUUUUUUGUACAACUAAUUAGUUGGUUUAGCUACAUUUUGAGGAGUUCACUUGGUUUUAUUCAGUUUAAGAUGGUGAAUUCGGGGUUGAAGUCAAGGAAGGUGAGCUUCAGAAUCCCAUACUAUACUCAGUGGGGGCAGAACGUUCUCAUCUGUGGUUCAGAUCGGUUGCUUGGUUCAUGGAAUGUGAAAAAGGGUCUAUUAUUGAAGCCUUCUCACCAAGGGGAAGAGCUUAUAUGGUCUGGAAGCAUUCCAGUUCCUCCUGGAUAUCAAAGUGAGUACAGUUACUAUGUGGUGGAUGAUAGAAGAAAUAUCCUGCGAUGGGAGGUUGGAAAGAAAAGGAAACUGUUGCUUCCUGAUGGAUUUCAGGAUGGGCAAUCACUAGAACUUCAUGAUCUCUGGCAGGACUUCAAUGUGGGGCAUAAAACCUGUAUACGAGGGGUUUUUGGUUCAUUUGGAGGAGCUGCAACAGGUUAUGCUGUGGAGGAAUUGGGAGAGUUAAGGUAGUAAAAGCCUUGUGAAAUCUGCCUGACACCAAUUGUUUGUCUUGUACUGCUGUCCUGCAUUACACAAGAACUAUCAAGUAAUAUUAUGGCACAAUUGAAGGGACGAGUAAAUGACUAACGAAUGUGCCUUGCCUUAACACAACCCUUUAGAACCCCAAGUCUGAUAAGAAGGUUCUCAUUAUCAUUGAUGACAAAAUGGUCAUUUGCUUAAAUGCCAAACAGUCUUCUCACAAAAUCUUUCGGAUAGAUUGGCAAAUUGUUUGUCUCUUUAUAUAAGUAGAGGUAAUUUGUAUAAACUCGCUUUAGUCACAAAAAUGGGUGUAAGAAGA